UAUUACAGUGUAUGUGUAUGUGUGUGUAUGUUAGUUUUAUGGUUGAGAGUGUCUUGUUGAAAAUCGGGAUUGAAUCUAUACAACCGUUCUCAUUGGUCGCUUCACCGCCGCCAUUUAUCGUCUGCUGUUGGCCUUACCCGCUGUUUGGGCUUGAUGCUGAUAUUAUCAAUGGAACGAGCCUUUGUCCAUCGGAAAUAAAUCGAUGCCGUAGAUAAAUAUUAUUAACGAGAUCGAAAUCAGCAGAGCUACUCAGAUCUUCGAUACGGCUCAAAAAAUAUAAGCAUCAUGAAGAUUUAAUCCCCAAAGCAGCUGGGCAUAAAUAACUGACCAGAUGUGAAACAAUAUACUGUAUAUGCAACUGGUCAUAUCAAGGCUGGGAAUUUGUGGACACUGACAGUGUUGGCAUUCUUUUCACCGAAACUGUACCUGUGCUGAAAACGAAGAUUAAGAGGGAUUUUGUAGAGAAUUUCAGGAUUUUACCCAGAAAAUAAGUUUCCUGAUAUUUCACAUCAAUUCCUUGCUUGCGCGUGUGGAUCAAAAGAAGGAGUACGUAUAACACAAAUUGAAGUCAUCUAUAAUGUAAAUCAUACAUUUUUCUGGAUAUAACUUCGAUAACAAAAACGAGAAUUAACGAAGAAAAUUCGAUUUUAAAAUGAUGCUGUCUACUUCUUAUAGGAAAAACCGGUUCAUUUUUUUAAGGUCUACCUUCAUGGUUUCGACUUUAGUAAUGUUCGUCGCUAUAGUAUUUUUAUAACUGCUCAGAACAAAUGCAGAUCGUUGAUUAUUUAGAUAGAAUAUGAAAUACAAAUUGAUUGGAUCCAUAGUAGCUUUCACUUUUCUCUCAAAUCUAAAAAUGGGGCUCUAAAGAUGUACCCAAAUUUUAUAAUGUUUAAUAAUUAUUUGAAAAUGCGCCUUCUUUAGGUAUUUUGAUAUAUUCAUUCAAUAUGUCUGAUUCUGACAAUAGAGUUAUACUCAAUGUCGGGGGCAUUCGCCACGAGACAUACAAAGCGACACUUAAAAAAAUCCCUGCCACUCGCUUGUCACGUCUUACAGAAGCUUUAGCUAACUAUGAUCCUGUACUUAAUGAAUACUUUUUCGAUAGGCAUCCUGGUGUCUUCGCCCAAAUCCUCAAUUAUUACCGUACUGGAAAACUACAUUAUCCAACUGACGUAUGUGGACCCUUGUUUGAAGAGGAAUUGGAAUUUUGGGGGCUCGACUCGAAUCAAGUCGAGCCCUGCUGUUGGAUGACCUAUACACAGCAUAGAGACACACAAGACGUACUUACUAUUUUAGACCGUUUAGACCUGGAUACAGAUAAACCUACAGAGGAGGACAUAAUGAAGAAAUUCGGAUUGGAGGACAGGUAUAAGGCUGGAGAUCUCAAUUGUUGGCAAAGAGUUCAACCCAAGAUUUGGGCUCUCUUUGACGAGCCCUAUUCUUCUACACCUGCAAAGGUUAUCUCCAUCGUCUCCGUUUUCUUCAUCGUUAUUUCAAUAUUGUCCUUCUGCCUUAAGACGCAUCCAGAAAUGCGAGUUCCAGUCUUGCGUAAUGCAACAAAUUUGCCUCUAGAGAGUAACUCCUCUUGGAAUUUGGAAAAACAAAAAACUCAACCUCAUGAAGCCUUUUUCUACAUCGAAUGCGCUUGCAAUGCGUGGUUCACAUUUGAGAUAAUUAUACGCCUGAUUGUUGCUCCAAAUAAAUUUUACUUCCUGAAGGCCCCAGUUAAUAUAAUUGAUAUUGUGGCCACUUUAUCAUUUUACCUAGACUUUUUGCUCACAAAACUCAAGCAAGAGAGUGACAUCUUAGAGUUUUUCAGCAUCAUACGUAUCCUUCGUUUAUUCAAACUGACUCGGCACUCUGCCGGACUAAAAAUUCUCAUCCAUACGUUCAAAGCAAGUGCCAAGGAAUUAUCCCUUCUAAUCUUCUUUUUGGUACUUGGUAUUGUAAUUUUUGCUGCACUUAUAUUCUACGCUGAAAGGAUAGAAUAUAAUCCGACUAAUGACUUUCAUAGUAUCCCAGUUGGUCUUUGGUGGGCUAUUGUGACUAUGACCACAGUAGGCUAUGGGGACAUGGCCCCCAAGACGUAUGUAGGUAUGUUUGUGGGUGCAUUAUGUGCCCUCGCAGGUGUGUUGACGAUAGCUCUGCCGGUACCUGUCAUAGUGAGCAACUUUGCGCUCUUCUAUUCACACACACAGGCCCGAUCGAAACUGCCGAAAAAACGAAGAAGAGUUUUGCCCGUGGAAGCACCAAGACCUAAAGGCCCCAAAGGACCAGGCGUCCCAGGAGGUGUAGGCCCAGCAAAUAGAAGAAUGAAUGCCAUAAAACAUAACCAUCCACCAGGUUCGCUGGAUGCUAAGAUGGCACGAAUAGCCCAAGGUGGAGCACUUCAGGAAAUGAUACCCUUUCGUAGCUUAAAUACCUAUGGAUAUUUACUAGGCAGGGCUACAGAGGAAGCAAUCCCAUUGGUGAUGUUAAACCACACUGGAAAUGAUGACACUUUGCCUCCUUGUAAUCCACAAAGCGUCUUAGGAUUAUCCUAUGUUGAUCGUAAUAAAUUCCCUGAUUCCCCGGCAGCUACAACUGCCCUUUCUAGUCUCAUAAUGACACCUCAUGCUCCACUGGUAGGGAACUCAACCCCUAAUACACCCCAUACCACAACCGCUCCUGUGACAACAACAUGUGCAGAUUCAACAAAUGUUCCCACUGGUAAAAGAGCCAGUUGUAGUGGUGUCCUGGAUGGAUCAGUAGUGGAAAUUGCUCGUACACCAUCUCCAGGUGAAAAGAACAAUCUGACACAAAGAUCAACUACAUCCCGGCAAAACUCCCCGCCUGCAUCCCCUCCGACAGGAAACAACCUAACGGCGGUAAAUACCUAAAUCACUGCUUUUAAGACCUUCAAAUACUGAUAGAGGCUUAUUGGCAUAAUACUGAAAUGAAAAGAAAACUAAAUGAAAAAAAACAAAAUAUGUGACACACAUACAUGCAAACACAAAUCUACUCAAUGCAAAGAAAAGUAAUGUGUACAUGAGCCAAUCAACUGUUAAACAACCAUCUUACUGUACAAGAGCAACAACAGCAACAACAAAAAACACUUGCACAAUAGAACAGUGAAAUGGCUGCCAGGCCAUAAUUCUGAAAGCAAAUGAGCAAAUGAACUCUUUGAAAAAUCAGUUGUAGGUCUUUGGAAAGAUAAAUACAAUUGCAAUUUUAAAAGUAUAAAUAUAUAUAUGUAUAUAUUUAUAUAUAUAUAUAUAUACAUACAUAUAUAUAUAUAUAUAUACACACAUGUUUGUAUAUGGUUGACAGUGUGUGUAUGAGUGUAUGCAUGUGUGUGUGUUUGUGUGCGCGUGUGCAUGUGUGUGAAGAAUAAGAAAAUAAAUGAGACAAUUUCAUGUUGCAGAAAAGAAACAAAAAUUUCUGAAAAGUAAUGCAAAGCAAAAUUGAUGAAAUUCGUGUCCAUUAUAGAUUCUGCUGGCUUUAGGACUGCCUCUGAGGAGCAAAGAUUUGUACAUGAGACAAAUAAAGCAAGAUCUUAUAUAAUGAUCAUAGACAAAGAGGACAUCUGUAGUAAUAUAUAUUUGUAUGUAUCUAUAUACAUACAUGCAGGUAUACAUAUUGAUAUAAAUGUGGGUGCAUAUAUGAAUGUAUGCAUGUUUCCCCAUGUGAUCAUUUGAUAUAUAUAUAUGUACAUACAUCCAUAUACAUGUACAUAUAUAAAUAUAUAUGUAUGUACAUACAUACACACGUAUAUAUGUAUAUAUAUAUAUAUGUAUAAAUAUAUAUAUACAUAUACAUAUAUAUGUGUGAGUAGAUAUAAACUAAGUUUGUAUAUAUGUAAGUAUAUGUAUAUAUGUAAUUAUAUGUAUGAGUAUGUAUAUGUAUAUAUAUAUGUAUAUAUAUACAUAAAAUAUAUACAUGUAUAUAAACACACAUGUGUAUAUAUCUUGUAUGUGUAUACAUAUAUAUGUAUACAUAUGUGCAUAUAUGUGUCUAUACUUACAUAUCUAUAUGCCUAUAUGUAUGUGUGCAUAUAUAUGUAUAUAAAUAUAGAUAUAUAUCUAUAUAUCUGCAUAUAUUUGUGUAUGUGUGCAUGUGAGUGUGUGUGUGUAUAGACAUAUAUAGGUAUAUAUACAUAUGUAUAUAUCUGUAUAUGUACACAUAAAUGAGUAUACAUAUAUAUAUGUAUGUGUGUAUGUGUAUACGAAUGCGUAUAUGUAUAUAUUUAUAUACGUUUGUGCUAUACAUUUUUUGUUUAUAUAUACACAAAUAUAUAUAUGUAUAUUUGUGUGUGCAUAUGUGUGCACAUGUGUAGCCUUAAAUACUUACACGUAAAUAUGUAAGUGUAUAUAUUUAUAUGUGGCUGAAUAUAUAUAUAUGAGUAUGUGUAUGCUUAAAUGAUUGUACAGAGAUAUAUAA